AUGUACUUCACCUUGUAUGACCUGCCACGACUACUAACGACAGAGCAACUUUCGAACAAGUUUCCGACGCCAUUGCCGCCUCUAAUGCUAGACCGGCGCGUCACAGAGAUUGACGACACGACCACCAUGAGCUGCCAGUUGCAUCUCAUCUUCAUGCUUGAUGUCUAUGCCAAAACAUGCAAUGCUUCAAUGACCACUGGAUUCUUGAAACGCUACAGGGGACCUACAGGAAUGACUUGUCAGGAGGCAGACAGAGGACUCGCGCCCUACAUCGGCAAGCAAUGGUCCGAUGGUGUAUGGAAGCAAGCGCCUGCAUAUCAAAGACUAACAACAUCAGACAUGCGUGGCAGCACCGGAAUCGCCGCGGGCGGUACGCACCAGCGAUGCUUGCGAGAACAGCUGCCGGGGCGAGCUCACGAUGUUCUUCGUUUGCACUGUCAAAGGCGAAGGGGACGUGACAGUCUAGACCUGUCAUAUCCUGCCUGUGCGCCAUGGCCGGGUCUGGCCCGGUCGUGGAUCACAAAAGCAGCAGGGGCCACUAUCUUCGCCAAGUCCAUGUACUUGGUCUUCUUCUCAAAGAAAGGACUACAUGAGGAAUAG